AUGCGCCAGGUCCCGGCCGGGUCGCGCCGCUCUCGGGCCGCGGGUUCGAGUCCCGGCCCGGCCCUGGCGCCGCUCCCGGUACCGGUACCGGGGCCGGGCCGGUUCCGGUGGCUCCCGCCGCGCUCCCUGCGCCCGGCCCGGCCGCUGCUGCCGCUGCUCGCCGUGCUGGCGGCCUCCACCGUGCUGUUCCUCGCUUGGCCCGGAGGGGAACGCGGAACCGGCAGAACCGGCGGAACCGGCGGAACCGGCGGCGCGGACGGUCCCGAGCCGCUCCCCGAGCCCGCCCUGCGGAGCCUCCUGGCCCGGCUGGACCCCGCCCGCCUCUGGGGGUCGCUGCUGCGGCCGCUGCUGCACGAGAGGGUCCCGGGGGGGCCGGGCAGCCGCGCGGCCAGGGAGCACAUCCUGUCCCACCUGCGCUCGCUGGGCGCGGCGUGGCACCUGGAGCUGGACACGUUCACGGCCCGGACGCCGCGGGGACCGGUCACCUUCAGCAGCGUGGUGGCCACGGCGGCGCCGGGGGACGCGCGGCGCCUGGCGCUGGCGUGUCACUACGACACCAAGGUGCUCGGGGACACCGCGGGGGACAGCGGGGACUUCGUGGGCGCCACCGACGCCGCCGUGCCCUGCGCGCUCCUGCUGGAGGUGGCGGCGGCGCUGGACGCGCACCUGAGGGACAGGGAGCGGCAGGCCCCGCCCCUGACGCUGCAGCUGCUAUUCCUGGACGGGGAGGAGGCGUUCGAGGCCUGGAGCGACAGCGACUCCCUCUACGGGGCGCGGCACCUGGCGGCCAAGAUGGCGGCGCGGGGGCACCCCGCGGGGUCAGAGGUCACCGCCAUGAGCCUGUUUGUGCUGCUGGACCUGCUGGGCGCCCCCGGCCCCGCCAUCCACAGCCACUUCCCCCAGACCCAGCGCUGGUUCUUGCGGCUCCACGCCAUCGAGCAGCGUCUCCGCGCUCUCCGGCUCCUCCGCGCCGCCCCCCCGGCCCCGCCCUUCUUCCGCCUCAGCCCCGCCCCCGGGCCCGUGGAGGACGAUCACGUGCCAUUCCUGCGCCGAGGUGUCCCCGUGCUCCACGUGAUCCCGACGCCGUUCCCGCGGGUCUGGCACAGCCUUGGGGACACCGAGCAGAGCCUGGACAGGGACACGGUGACCGACCUGGCGCGGAUCCUGCUGGUCUUUGUGGCAGAGUUCCUACAGAUCUGAACCCAAAAUCACCAAAAAUAAACCCAA